AUGCAGCAAUCGUCCCAAGACCAGCCCGCUGGUCUCUCUGAAAGUACUGCUCUACCUCCUACGCCCUCAGACCCUCCUCAGCGUCAGUCCUGGUCAUCCACCGGCUACGCGCUGCCUCCCACCACCGAAAAGCCUCCCUCGGCUCCCAUCGAACCUACACCCGCAAAGCGUACUCCCACCAUACAACCGCUCUCCAAACAUGCCACUCACCUCUUCACACUUUCAUACCUCGUCUUCUUCUCCAUCUUCGGCACCCUGGCCAGGCUGGGCCUGCAAGCGCUCACCUUCUAUCCCGGCGCGCCCGUCAUAACCGGCGUCCUAUGGCCCAACGUGGGCGGCUCCCUCCUGAUGGGCUUCUUCCUUGAAGACAAGAAUCUCUUCCGCGAAGAAUGGGGUCAACCGCCCCCUCAUAGCCCCAGCGAAGCCAGCGACGCUGCGCGCCAAUACGCACAGAACCAUAAAUCGGUCAAGAAGACCAUCCCGCUCUACAUCGGCCUCACCACCGGCUUCUGCGGCAGCUUCACCUCCUUCUCCUCCUUCAUCCGCGACGUCUUCCUCGCCCUGACAAACGACCUCCCCGACCCAUCCGUCUCAUCAAUAACUUCCCGAAAUGGCGGUUACAGCUUCAUGGCCCUCCUCGCCGUCCUCCUCACCACCGUCGCCCUCAGCCUCUCAGCACUCAUCUGCGGCGCCCACCUCGCCCUCGCCUUCGACCGCUUCACUCCUUCCUUCCCCUUCCGUCUCACCCGCCGCGUCCUCGACCCGCUCUUCGUCCUGCUGGGCUGGGGCUGCUGGCUCGGCGCCGUCUUCCUAGCUAUCUGGCCACCGGAUCGCUCCGCCAGCACCAACGCCCCAGACACCUGGCGCGGGCGCGCCGUUUUCGCCAUCGUCUUCGCCCCGCUCGGCUGUCUCCUGCGGUACUAUCUUUCGGUAUACCUCAACCCGCGCGUGCCCGCGUUCCCGCUGGGGACUUUCACCGUGAAUAUCUUCGGCACGAUCGUGCUGGCCAUGUGCUUUGAUCUGCAGCGGGUGGACGGGAUCGGGACUGUGAUUGAGGCAGAUGCGCGCUCGGCGCCGUAUGCGAUCCUCACGAGUUGUCAGGUGCUCCAGGGCGUCAUAGAUGGCUUUUGUGGCUGCGCGACGACGGUGAGUACCUGGGUGGCGGAGCUGAAUGGGCUCAGUCGACGGCGACAGGCGUAUGUGUACGGUGUGGGAAGCGUCGCCGUUGCACUGGGGUUUUUCGUGGUGAUCGUGGGCUCGCUCGGUUGGACUCGGAGUUUUGUCGACCCUGUUUGUACAUAA